GUUUUAGAUUUUGGGGCAUUUAAUAAGGUGUUUAGAGAGUAAUUCGGUGUUUAUUAGAGUGUCUUUGCGAUUUACAGAAUUUUAUAGUAACGUUUUGUGUAUUAAAAUCAGGUCUUUUCAUUUCAAGUUUCAUAUUUAAUUCAAAAAAUGUCGGAAUCUGUCGUUGACUCUAGUUUACCUGCCGUGGCUUCCGCAUCUGUAGAAAACGGCGGCGCUUCUUCCACAUCGGAAGAAAUACCAAAAAAUGCAUCAUCAGCCGGGACGAAUGGUACAAAAUCCGAGGAUUCUGCAAAAGCAGCACCAUCAAACACACCUUCCUCAGACGGAUCUUUAAAGAAGAACAAAAACGAACGAGAACGCCGUGCACGUGACAUGGCAUCAGCGUCAAAGUUAUGGCUUUCAAAAUCUUCUGGUGGAAUGUCAACUAGUGCUAAACGGCUGCAAAAAGAGCUUGCUGAUAUUACUUUGGAUCCCCCUCCUAAUUGUAGUGCGGGUCCAAAAGGCGACAAUUUGUAUGAAUGGGUCUCUACCAUUCUAGGGCCCCCAGGAUCUGUAUAUGAAGGGGGUGUAUUUUUCCUUGACAUCAAUUUUACUACCGAAUAUCCUUUUAAACCUCCGAAGGUGAUAUUCAGAACACGGAUUUAUCACUGCAAUAUUAAUAGCCAGGGAGUUAUAUGCUUGGAUAUAUUGAAAGAUAAUUGGAGUCCGGCGCUCACUGUUUCAAAAGUUCUCCUGUCCAUUUGCUCGCUACUCACAGACUGUAAUCCUGCCGAUCCACUUGUUGCCAGUAUUGCGACACAAUUUUUGACCGAUAAAGAUGAACACGAUCGCAUAUCGAAACUGUGGACCAAAAAAUAUGCGACAUAAACUUGAACAUCCUUGUAUUGUUGAAAUUUUGAACAUUCUCCUUUUUCAUACCUUGUUACGUGCUAUAUCUAAAAUCAUUUUUUGAUUACCCCUAUGAAAUUUUCUAAUUCAUUGGGCAUUUACAUACUUGUUAAAAUGCUGCUUUGUGUAAAUGAAAUUUAAUUUACCAAUUCGAUUAUUGUUCUGCCUAUGGGUGAUAUAAGGUUUUGUCAGAUCAUACCUUGAAUGGAGAAUAUUAAUAUUCAAAUUCUGUCUGCUUUUUUUCAACAAAUGCAUUAUUAAUUACCUUGUUUUAAUAGUCUAUCUCCUAGCAGCUGCCAUUUAUUUGAGAAAAGCUGAAGAAAUUGACUGAAUAACGACAAAGGCGCAUAACUUUAGAUUUGAUUUUUAUGGAUAAAAUUCUUUAUUAAGAUUUGAUGUCCACUUCGUUCCUUGAAUUGCUUCUCAAUCUAUAUUUGGUAAUCAUUGUGUGUUGUUAAUUUCACCUGUUUUAUUAAACAAUCAAUAUAUUUCCAGUCAUUUAGACACUUAUUUAAUUCCCAUGCUAACUUUAGAUAAAUUAUCUGUAAGUGAACCCUAAAAUGAAAAUGAGUGUAACAUUGCUGCCACAAUGAUUUGUCAAACAUAAAAAAAAAACUAUUAUAUUUUUGUUGUUUAUAGACAUUGUGUCCCUAUUGAUUUUUAAAUCAUUUAUUAAUCUACUUUCGAUAUCAGUCUGCUAAAUUCCCGACUUAACUAUUUACUUUGACUUCUUACAUUGUUAAUAAUACAGCAAUAAGUACAAAAAGCCACUUGUCGUUACGGGUUUAUAAUCUGGUGAAUGUGAUACUUGAGUUUAUCAAGAGUCUUUCAUUGCUUAUCUUACCACUUGUGAGAUUGGUAAUUUUACCUAUACUGAUCUCGUGUAAUUCAGCAAUAUACGGUAUAUAUAGUAAAAAGGCCAGGCAGAAGAUGGGAUUCUGUUGAUCUAAAUCCUAUUAUUUUAGAGUCUAAAAUUGUAAUAGUGCAAUGUUUUGGACUUCUAACCAGGAAUGUCCCAUUUAUUAUUUUAUGAUAGGCGAAAAAUUAAAUAACUUCUGACAGAAUAAAAUAGAGAAUACUAAUUAAAACAAUGUGUAUCUCAAUUAAUUUAAUCACUACAAAUUUACAAAUGUCUUGAAUAAUUUACUGGACAGAUCCAUAUCAUUAUAAUUAUAUUCGAUAUUUAAAAAUUUAGAAUGUAUUCGGAAUACUAUAUUAUUCCGUUUUGGCCAUUCCUGCUUUUAACCAAUAGUAUAACCUAGCCACUUUUUUAAAAAAAUUACUUCUGUGGGCUAAUUAAAGUAUUUCAUAGUCAUUAAAAAGUGUUGAUUGGUAUACUAUUCAAGUGAAUAUAGUUUUGACAUUUUAGAAUUCUAGCUUGCAAUUGAUUAUGGUACUUAUAGUCAUAAUUUUAAGGUUCUGUGAUGUAGACCAAGGUUGAAUUAGUAAAAUUUCAAUUUGUCCUUCUAUUUUUCACCCCACGCACGGUUAAAUAAUGAAUUAGGCAGGCAAGGCUGAUAGGAAAGAUUCAGGCCCUUUUGAAGAUAUUAGUUUUUACAUAAUGUGAAUGUAUGUGAAUAAGCGCUUUAUAAAAAAAAUUAAAUCCAACAAAACGAUAUUGUAACUGGAGAAAAUGCAAAUUUCAAAAUUCUUCACACAUCUUAGUUAUUACUGGUAGAUCAUUUUUCAUUACGUUAUUUUCAAUUGGAUCAUCCAAUGUUCAUGGAUUAUGUAAUUUCAUAUAUUUUUAAUUGGUAAUCCUAACAAAGUACUAUAUGAAUAAUUUCGGUGUUAGGUAAGCAUAAUUUGAAUACUAUGUCAUGUUACAUAAAGCAAGCGUUUCAGGUUGGCCGCUUUCAUAGAAUGUAUUAUUAAUAUUUUCUUUUUAAUUAGAUGGAAUUUCAUAUUGUUAUUUCUAUCAAUUGAAUUGGUGUAAUGGAAUAUUUUUUACUCUGUGUAGUCCAUCUUUUGAGGUAUAUUUCAAUUUAGAUUUUCCCAUGAAAUCCUUCACCAUUUUGACUUAUGAAAUCACUUGUUCCAUGGUUGCAAAGAAAAGCGACGUUUGAUAACAACGACACUUCCAUCGAUUUAGAAUAAUAUACAAUAUCUACCAUAAAGAUCAGUCAAAUAGUUUAUUUGUAAUUUAUGCAUAUAGAAGAAUGUUUAUGAAAUGAGACUUAAAAUAAUCUCCGUUUUUCACAGUAAAUGGUGUUGCUGUUACAUAAUAUUCUUAAUUAUGUUUCAUAAGCAUUCAAUGUACGACAGAAUAAAAUUCAAAUUAAUUUUUAAACUCCUUAAUAAAAGUGAAGAAAUGUUUUUGAUUCAUUUUUGGAUUGCCUUCUGUUAUUUUCUUUACUAAGAGUCUGUUGAAAGCAUUUUAUAUUCAAAUACGGUUGUUUGAAUAAAUAUUUUAUUAGCCAUUUAUUACACGGCACCCUUCUUGGUCAUUGAUGUCAUUCUUUAUGUAUUUAGUAGACAUGUUGGAUACAAUCACUUCAGAUAUUUAAUUGCAGAAUUCAAGACUGACUCGUUGAAGAGUAGUAAAAUAGCAUGUCAUUUUACUGUAUUUGUAGCUACAUAGGUUUUUCUUAAUAGCCAUCUACAAUACAAACUUUGCCAAAAGUGAAAUCAACUUUAAAAAAUAGGAAAUAUUGAACAUUUUGCCUGUGUUUAAUUCUCUAAAAAAAACUUCAUCGAUUGUAAAUUGCUUCCUGAGAGAAUUUUCCAUUUAAUUAAUCAAUAAGUUGUCAAUUUGUCUUAUGUAUUUAGGACUAGCAGUUAAGUGUAUUUUUACACACACAAAUAAAAUGGCUAGAUUAUUCAACUUCGUCUUACUAUCAUAAGCUGUAAUAUCUCAAGGAAAGUCAUACAAUUAUAUAUUUAAGUCAUUGAUUGUGUACUUCCGACUUUGCGAGUACUUACGGUAAAUUCCAAUGAAAAAAAGUCAAGUACAUAUACCUUACAUACUUUUUUAGCAUAAAUAAUUUCAGUCAUUGUUUUGAAUCAUGAUCAAUGAAAUUGAUUUUUGCGAAACACUAAUAUAUAUAACGUGUCAGGUAGUCUGUGAAAUACAUUUUGUGCCGUUCUUAUACAUGUUCAAUCUGUGGUAAUGUUAUGCCCUAAGAGUAGUUAUUGAUGAUGACAUACUUCACCGCAAACCAACUUAAAAAAAAAAGUACUUAUAUAAUGAAAAAUUGAGUUAAUCCAGAGUUAUGGAGCAAAAUUUGAGUACAAUAUUCGAUGAAUAAUGAAAUUUGAGAAAUAAUAAUGUUUCAUAAUGGUUUUUUAUACUCGCUAAGUAUUCAGGUAAUGCAAAUUAAAUUUUAAUAUAAAAUUUGUAGGAAACCCAUACUUACAAAAAUAUUUUGGUGAAAUAUUGUUCAUAACUUGAAUUGCAGAGUUGAAUUUUUGUUAAGUGUGUGACCAGGUAUUACCAAAACCCUGUGCCAUGCUGUUGUUGCUUAUUAUACUUUAUAUGAUACAUCAAAUGUUUGCUUAUGACUCAAAAUAGAUUUGAAUUUUUUACUGAAAUAUUUGUGUGAAAAUGACACAUUGUUGCUUUGUAUCAUGUUAUAGUGGUUUAUAUCGCUCUUUAAUUACCUAAACAACAAGGUAUGAUCUGAUAAAACAAUUUUAUGCUUGAUCCCUGAUGUUGGCUUAACUUAUAUAAUGCAAUAUCUUAAAAUCUGACCACAAAAUGUUAUUUUUAGACUAUUGUUGUGUUGCAAUAUAAACAUGCCCUAAGCAAAACAGAUUCGGUAUCGUUUAUUAAAAUAUUCUGAAUUGCUCAUGGACUAUUUUCAAUUAUAUAAUUCAUUCUGACUAGUACAUUUUUUCUAGUAGAAACAAUGAAUAAUUGACAUCUCUGAUCGCCAGCUUUUGGUUUUAGCAAUGUAUUUACCAUAUUGAAUUCUCAAAGUGAAUCUGCAUUCCUUUUUACUCUUGGUGUUUUUUCUAUCUACGCGCAAGUAUCUAUGUAGUUAUCGGUGUGUUUUUUGCCUUCUCCAUGUUAUUGUUCUUGUAUUUUAAAUUUCUUAUUUUAUGAUAUUUUGUGGGUUGUACUUGAUGACUAUCAUAUUUCUGGAUGUUUUCUUAUGAA